GGCGAAAGUGAGACUAACCGAUGAGCAAUCGUGCGCAAUUGUUUACGAACAUUGGAGAAUCAUUGAAACAUACACUUUCUAAUUUAUUCAUAUAAAUAGCAGUAGAAUUCCAGCUGGAAUACCCAGAUACAACCAAGAGAAGUUUACUAGGCAAAAUGACAUACACAUUAUCUACCGCGACUGCAAGUAUUCAAUUGACAGACGACGAACAACAUUUGCAUUUAAAGAAUGAAAGUCCCAUUGGCACUUCAUCUCACUUUUCACGAGCCAUUUUUAAUGGACAUAAUGAGAAAGUAGAGCAGAACAGAGGCGAUACCUUCAUUGAGCUCGACUUGGACGGUCGCGGUCCAAGACGUUUUGCUCUUCCUAAAGAUUAUAAGUUUGCUGAUGUAUUGCCUUCAUAUCCUAAACAGCACGACCAAGCUUUGGGUGAUAUAAAAUUCCACGACAGAGGAAUUUCAGCUGAUCCUAGCUUUUCAAAUUUACUACGAGAUGUCACAAAGGUAGAGCAUCUUUCUCGUGACCUUGGCACAGUUCUACAUGGACUUCGACUAAAUCAACUGAACGAUGCUCAAAAGAACGAACUAGCAAGGCUGAUUGCAGAAAGAGGUGUUGUAUACUUUCCACAUCAAGAAGAAUUGACCAAUGAUGAAUUUCAACAGCUCGGCCGUUAUUAUGGUGUAACUCACGUUCAUGGAGCAAACGCCCGCCCAAAUGACCCAGCCAAGUCAGACUUUCACGUGGUCUACUCCGAUAGAUACACUGCAUUUGAUAUUGAGGACAACCGCACUAAUCUGGAGAGAUUCCAUUCAGAUGUUAGUUAUGAAAAGCAACCUCUUGCCACAACCUUCUUUCGUGGAUUGACAGUUCCAGAAUAUGGUGGUGAUACCGUCUUUGUUUCUGGAUACGCAGCUUACGAAGCUCUCUCCGAUCCAUUGAAGCACUAUUUGGAAGGACUCACAGCAGUCCAUUCUGGGGUACAGCAGGCAAAAGCUAAGAAGGAACUCGGCUUGAACUUACGGAGGGAAGGUAUCGAAACUGCACAUCCAAUUGUGCGUACACAUCCAGUUACAGGCUGGAAAGCAUUAUAUGUUAAUCCUGGUUUUACAAGAUACAUUGUUGGAAUCCCCCGUGCAGAAUCGGAUGCUAUUCUCGGUUAUUUGUUCGAACUCCUUUCAACUCUUUCGGCCAGUACCAUUCGUGUUCGUUGGUCACCGUACGGUGUAGCGGCUUGGGAUAAUCGAAUCAUCCUUGCUCACUCAGCUACCUAUGAUCAUUAUCCUCAAACGCGUCACUUCCUAAGAAUAGGAGUUCAUGGUGAAAAACCUUUCUAUGAUCCAAAUUCUAAAGAACGGGCCAAGGACUUACAGGAUUAAACGCGCUAAUAAGCCAUUACUAAUUUAUGAUUCUCUUCGAUAUCCUAACGACGCAUGAUAUAAUCUCUUCCUUUUACUAUUAAACAUUUGCUUAUAAUAAUAAAAUAACUUAUAUCCCAACUCGC